AUGGAGCAGGGCCCAGCAGUCCCAGCCUACGUCUUGCGAGGCCACGAAGCCCCAGUCCACGCUCUUCAUUUCUACGCCGACAAUGCGUUCUUAGCGUCCGGAGACAGCGACGGGUGGGUGGUCCUAUGGAGUCUCUCGUCCAAGCGACCCGUUGCCGUAUGGAAAGCGCACGAGGCAGGCAUCCUACAGAUCCAACAUUGGACACACGACAGACUGAUCAGCCAUGGAAGGGACCACAAGCUACGGGUCUGGCAGGUCCGGCCUGAACUCCUCGCCAGCUUGAGCAGAAAACUGCCUGUUGAAGCGGAAGCACCCACCGUCACAGCGUCAGGGUCAGCGGCAGGUCUACCUCCGACCCAGCCAUGGCUCCUCCAUGCGUUAUCCGUUAGCGCGCUCAACUUCUGCGCCUUCGCCAUGUGCGAUGAACACGCUGCGGGAGAAACAGCAGCAGCGGCAGCAGCAGCAGCAGCGGUGGCAGGAGAGGCGCCUUCGCAACUGAUCGCCUCACCUAACGGUCUCGACUCAGGCGGCAUUGACAUUUUCCAGCUUCCAUCGGAGAAGAGGGUGUCGCAGAUCGGAUCCGACAAGGAUGACCCGACGGGUAUGGUGAUGGCGGUCUCACUCUGGCACAAGGAAGACGGACUCGUCCUCGCUGCAGGCUACGAAGACGGCCGAGUCAUGGUGUAUGCGCAUGUGCACGUGCAUCAGGGCGAUCAAUCCGAUCUGAACGGUUCCGGUUUCACGUGGAAGAAAGUCCUGAUGAGCAAACCACACAUACAGCCUGUCCUGUCCGUCAAAUUUCUCCCCUGCAAAUCCAAAUCACAGUUUCUGACCUCGAGCGCCGAUGCUCGCAUUGGCAAAUUCUCUUUACCCACCAUUCUCGCACAGACAGCAGUCAACGAAAUGCAACCCGAAAGGGCCAUCAACACAAAACAUGCGGGCCAACAAGGUCUCAGCGUCCGCUCCGACGGCAAGAUCUUUGCGACGGCCGGCUGGGACGGACGUGUGCGGAUCUACUCGUACAGGACGAUGAAACAAUUGGCGGUGCUCAAGUGGCACAAAGCGGGAGUGUACUCGACAGCGUUUGCAGACAUCAGUUCUGAGAACGAAAACGAGGUCGACGCCUAUAACGGAUCUGAGGAGCAGGAGCACACGUCUUCUCCCGCGGCUGGCACUCCUGGCGUCUCAAGACCCAUGAACGCCCUCGACCUUAUCAAACAGAAACGAGAAGACAAAGCUCGACGGAUUCACUGGCUGGCUGCGGGGGGCAAAGAUGGCAAAAUAUCAUUGUGGGAUAUCUAUUGA